UAAUUCUUCUAAUAUAAGUACAUUCCCUAAAUUUCCCAAAAAGUCAAAUUAAUAAUUUUCAAAAUCUAAUCUAAAUAUCUAAUAAUUCAAAAUCAUUAAAAAGACACGCAACAAUGACACCAAUUAAUCAUCCUCGACCCACACAAUUCUACAGUUCUCAUGCUAAACCAUAUUUUUUGCUCUCUGUUCCUUCAAAAUCAUUUCUUUCUCUUCUUUGAUUCCCAAAGAUCACUUCUUUGUCUUUGAUUUUUGAUUUUUUUUCUCUCUGGCGUGAAGGAAGAAGCUUUAUUUCAUGGAGUCUCUGCUCUCUAGUUCUUCUCUUGUUUCCGCUGCUGGUGGGUUUUGUUGGAAGAAGCAGAAUCUAAAGCUCCACUCUUUAUCAGAAAUCCGAGUUCUGCGUUGUGAUUCGAGUAAAGUUGUCGCAAAACCGAAGUUUAGGAACAAUCUUGUUAGGCCUGAUGGUCAAGGAUCUUCAUUGUUGUUGUAUCCAAAACAUAAGUCGAGAUUUCGGGUUAAUGCCACUGCGGGUCAGCCUGAGGCUUUCGACUCGAAUAGCAAACAGAAGUCUUUUAGAGACUCGUUAGAUGCGUUUUACAGGUUUUCUAGGCCUCAUACAGUUAUUGGCACAGUGCUUAGCAUUUUAUCUGUAUCUUUCUUAGCAGUAGAGAAGGUUUCUGAUAUAUCUCCUUUACUUUUCACUGGCAUCUUGGAGGCUGUUGUUGCAGCUCUCAUGAUGAACAUUUACAUAGUUGGGCUAAAUCAGUUGUCUGAUGUUGAAAUAGAUAAGGUUAACAAGCCCUAUCUUCCAUUGGCAUCAGGAGAAUAUUCUGUUAACACCGGCAUUGCAAUAGUAGCUUCCUUCUCCAUCAUGAGUUUCUGGCUUGGGUGGAUUGUUGGUUCAUGGCCAUUGUUCUGGGCUCUUUUUGUGAGUUUCAUGCUCGGUACUGCAUACUCUAUCAAUUUGCCACUUUUACGGUGGAAAAGAUUUGCAUUGGUUGCAGCAAUGUGUAUCCUCGCUGUCCGAGCUAUUAUUGUUCAAAUCGCCUUUUAUCUACAUAUUCAGACACAUGUGUUUGGAAGACCAAUCUUGUUCACUAGGCCUCUUAUUUUCGCCACUGCGUUUAUGAGCUUUUUCUCUGUCGUUAUUGCAUUGUUUAAGGAUAUACCUGAUAUCGAAGGGGAUAAGAUAUUCGGAAUCCGAUCAUUCUCUGUAACUCUGGGUCAGAAACGGGUGUUUUGGACAUGUGUUACACUACUUCAAAUGGCUUACGCUGUUGCAAUUCUAGUUGGAGCCACAUCUCCAUUCAUAUGGAGCAAAGUCAUCUCGGUUGUGGGUCAUGUUAUACUCGCAACAACUUUGUGGGCUCGAGCUAAGUCCGUUGAUCUGAGUAGCAAAACCGAAAUAACUUCAUGUUAUAUGUUCAUAUGGAAGCUCUUUUAUGCAGAGUACUUGCUGUUACCUUUUUUGAAGUGACUGACAUUAGAAGAGAAGAAGAUGGAGAUAAAAGAAUAAGUCAUCACUAUGCUUCUGUUUUUAUUACAAGUUCAUGAAAUUAGGUAGUGAACUAGUGAAUUAGAGUUUUAUUCUGAAACAUGGCAGACUGCAAAAAUAUGUCAAAGAUAUGAAUUUCUGUUGGGUAAAGAAGUCUCUGCUUGGGCAAAAUCUUAAGGUUCGGUGUGUUGAUAUAAUGCUAAGCGAAGAAAUCGAUUCUAUGUAGAAAUUUCCGAAACUAUGUGUAAACAUGUCAGAACAUCUCCAUUCUAUAUCUUCUUCUGCAAGAAAGCUCUGUUUUUAUCACCUAAACUCUUUAUCUCUGUGUAGUUAAGAUAUGUAUAUGUACGUGACUACAUUUUUUUGUUGAUGUAAUUUGCAGAACGUAUGGAUUUUUGUUAGAAAGCAUGAGUUCGAAAGUAUAUGUUUAUAUAUAUGGAUAAUUCAG